UUCUAGAACACACACACCCCAAACGCUGAGUACUCCUAUUAAUACGCCAGAAAAAAUCCUUCGUCCUCCCUCCUAAAACCCUAGUCAAACUUCACGCCUCUCUCCCUCUCUCUCUCUCUCUCUCCUCAUACAGUCGCCGACGCAACCGAGGAGAAGAAAGAGAAGCAAUGGCCGGGAAGGGAGAGGGACCAGCGAUCGGUAUAGAUCUCGGCACCACCUACUCCUGCGUCGGGGUCUGGCAGCACGACCGCGUCGAGAUCAUCGCCAACGACCAGGGCAACCGGACGACUCCGUCCUAUGUCGCCUUCACCGACACUGAGCGAUUGAUUGGCGACGCCGCCAAGAAUCAGGUCGCCAUGAACCCCAUUAACACCGUCUUCGAUGCUAAGAGGCUAAUUGGUAGGAGAUUCAGUGAUGCGCCUGUUCAGGGUGACAUGAAGUUGUGGCCUUUCAAGGUCAUUCCCGGACCUGCUGACAAGCCCAUGAUUGUUGUCAGUUACAAAAAUGAGGACAAGCAGUUUGCAGCUGAGGAAAUCUCCUCCAUGGUUCUCAUUAAGAUGCGCGAGAUUGCUGAGGCUUUCCUUGGUUCAACUGUGAAGAAUGCUGUGGUUACUGUCCCUGCUUACUUCAACGAUUCUCAACGUCAGGCCACAAAAGAUGCCGGUGUAAUCGCUGGUCUAAAUGUGAUGCGUAUCAUCAAUGAACCCACUGCUGCUGCCAUUGCUUACGGUCUUGACAAGAAGGCUACCAGUGUGGGAGAGAAGAAUGUCUUGAUCUUUGACCUUGGUGGUGGCACUUUUGAUGUCUCCCUCCUAACCAUUGAAGAGGGUAUCUUUGAAGUGAAGGCCACUGCUGGAGACACCCAUCUCGGAGGUGAGGACUUUGACAACAGAAUGGUUAACCAUUUUGUUCAGGAGUUCAAGAGGAAGAACAAGAAGGACAUCACUGGCAACCCCAGAGCUCUGAGGAGGCUAAGAACUUCCUGCGAGAGAGCGAAGAGGACUCUUUCAUCCACUGCCCAGACCACCAUUGAAAUCGAUUCUCUUUACGAGGGGAUUGAUUUCUAUUCCACAAUUACACGAGCAAGGUUCGAGGAGCUAAACAUGGAUCUCUUCAGGAAGUGUAUGGAACCAGUCGAGAAGUGUUUGAGGGAUGCUAAGAUGGAUAAGAGCACUAUUCACGAUGUGGUUCUCGUCGGUGGGUCUACUAGGAUUCCCAAGGUGCAACAACUCUUGCAGGAUUUCUUCAAUGGUAAGGAGUUAUGCAAGAGCAUCAACCCUGAUGAGGCUGUUGCCUAUGGUGCUGCUGUCCAAGCCGCUAUCUUGAGCGGUGAGGGUAAUGAAAAGGUGCAGGACCUCUUGUUGUUGGAUGUCACUCCUCUCUCUCUUGGUUUGGAAACUGCUGGUGGUGUUAUGACCGUUUUGAUUCCUAGGAACACCACAAUUCCCACAAAGAAAGAGCAAGUCUUCUCGACCUACUCGGAUAACCAGCCGGGUGUGCUAAUUCAGGUCUAUGAAGGUGAGAGGACGAGGACUAGGGACAACAACCUAUUGGGUAAAUUUGAACUAUCUGGCAUUCCCCCAGCUCCUAGGGGUGUCCCACAGAUCACAGUGUGCUUCGACAUUGAUGCCAAUGGCAUCCUUAAUGUCUCUGCUGAGGAUAAGACAACUGGGCAGAAGAACAAGAUUACCAUCACCAAUGACAAAGGAAGGCUCUCGAAGGACGAGAUUGAGAAGAUGGUUCAGGAAGCAGAGAAGUACAAGUCAGAGGAUGAGGAGCACAAGAAGAAGGUGGAGGCAAAGAAUGCCCUGGAGAACUACGCAUACAACAUGAGGAACACAAUCAAGGACGAGAAGAUAGGCGCGAAGCUUCCACCAGCGGAUAAGAAGAAGAUUGAAGAUGCUGUCGAGCAGGCGGUGCACUGGUUGGACAGCAACCAGCUGGCUGAGGCAGACGAGUUUGAGGACAAGAUGAAGGAACUCGAAAGCGUUUGCAACCCUAUCAUUGCGAAGAUGUACCAGGAGGGUGGUGGUAUGGGAGGUGACAUGGGUGGUAUGGAUGAUGAUGGUCCUGCUCAUGGUCAUGGUGGUGGCAGUGGAAGUGGUGCCGGCCCUAAGAUUGAGGAGGUGGAUUAAGCCUAUGGUAGGUUCUUUUCGUCCCUGCCCAGUUAUCCGUCUUUUGGUUAGGGAAGAUUUUAUGAUUUUUCCAACAUUUCUGUUAUUUUGUCUUUCGGAUGUGUUAAGAUUUUACUAUUUUUUGCCAGCAUUAUUAGCUGUAUUUGAGGCGCCGAACGGGUUCGUGCGUUUUCCUCUGGGUUUGAAACUCUCUCAAUCCAAUACAGCUUGACGUUGCCCGAUUUUGCAUUGGGCCGUUUUUUUGUCA